AUGAUCGUCAACAAAACCAGUAACUUGGAUUGCUGCGAAGAAAAUUAUACAACGCUGGUUGAGCCCCAACAAACAGAGUCGUCUGAGGCGCCUUUCCCACAGACUGCCGGGCAGCCUAAGUCACGACAGAGAGAUCUUUCGAUCGAUAGUUCAUCACAAGUUGAAAGAAAGCUUGAUGAACAAGAGAUCCAGAUAGACAUCCUCGAGCUAGAGCUUGAUCAACAUAAGGAAUUGUUGCGGGAGAAAAUCCAUCAGCUAAACGAAAGGGAUGCCACAAUCAAAACACAAUGCUUCCACAUUGUCGCCCUGCACCACGACGUGCACCGCCUGACAGAGGAGAAGGAGAGGCUCGACAUAAUGGCUAUGAAUCUUCGAAACCAGCUGAAAGAGUUCGAAAGACAGGACUGGCAGAUGCUCAAUACGGUAGAUAAUAGCUGUUCGUCACAACAACAAGUCGUUGAAGCUCCAGCAUACUCCACAUCUGAAACCCAACGUUUGAGUGGAAACCGGGUGCCUACCUGCUACGUUUGCAAGGUGAAUCUUGUCAUGAAAACAACGCGUAAUUAUCGCAGAAACAAAAUCACUCCGCCCCUAGCUCAGGACACAUCCGACGCCACGUACUUGGGUGGGUUCCUGGUAGUUUUGACAGCUUUCCUAUAA